AUGACCACCUUCAACGACGACCACCAUCUAUCGAUGUCGCCUUUUUCACUUCUACUACGCCUCCCUCGAUUCAUUCUUCUAUAUAUCUGUAAAUUAUUAACCACACACCAUUUAUUUGACGCUCUCUUUCUCUACUAUAGAAACGGGAAAGAUACAUGGGAAAAGACAAAAAGACCAUCGCCGCCUGUUGUAGAAUACAUCAUCUCACGAUUAAAUAUCUUCCCCAGUCGAUCUACACAACUUCAUGGAGAACUUGAUACAAGAAUUGGUGUUCCAACUUUUUUCAGCGCAAUCCUUAGAUACUUUCCUCCAGAACUUUCUGCAAAAAUAGGAGCAGGAUUACAAUAUGAUAGAAGUGAAAAACUCCAUUACACCAUGCAUGAAAAAAAAGUCAUUCCCACUAGGCCACUAACACCUGAUGGAGCUGUCAAUUUUGUUGUGAAAGGGCGUUGUGAUCUUGACAAAGAAUUUAAACGACCCACACCAAGUGGAGCAGCUGAAUUGGUUUGGAACAUUCUUGAUUUUCAGAAAAAUAUUUGUUUAUUAAAAAUAAAGGGUGGGGUCAAACGAGUCAAAGACGGGGCAUCUCAAGAUCAAAUAUUUAACGAAACCCAUUUACAAAAUUUGCAAAGACAGCUUGUCAAUUAUCUGCUUGAGGUGAAUACUCCUAGAAUUGCUGCCGGACUUAUUUGGGCAAUUUCAGAACACAUUGAUUUAGAAGGUUUGGAUCCUCUUUUAGUUGAUGACCCAGAGGAUGCAUUAAACAUUAUCAUAUCAAAAAUCCAAAAGAUCUUGUUCAAUGCUGACUCAUCUGCGACUGAAACGAAUAAGCUCCAAGAUGUUCAAGCGGUUCUUUUAUGUGCUCAAAUAUUGGGUUCACAUGAGGCAGUUGUUAGAGGUGCUGGUGCUUUUGAGGUUGCUGCCAGACAGCAUUUGAUAAAUUUCAGGGUGAAGAAAACUGUUAAAGGGCGUGCUCAACUUGGUGUUCAAGCUUUUGCGGAUGCUCUUCUUAUUGUGCCAAAGACACUUGCUAAAAAUUCUGGACUUGAUACACAAGACGUCAUAAUUUCUUUGACUGGGGAGCAUGAUAAUGGGAAUGUUGUUGGAUUAAAUCAACACACAGGUGAUCCAAUUGACCCUCAGAUGGAGGGCAUUUUCGACAAUUACGCUGUCAAACUCCAAAUCAUCAAACCGGUGAUUGCAUCACAGCUGUUACUUGUGGACGAAGUUAUCCGUGCAGGGCGUAACAUAAGAUAG